CAUGUCCAUUCUACUUCAAAUUUGUAAACAGUGCAACCCUGUGGGAUAGGGGACUUUAUCAUUACACUCACAGAUCAGAAAAUGAAAGACAAUCUGAACUGUGUCCGAGAUUUAUCUCUCACAUGGCACCAUCACAACAACAGCACCAUGCCAGAAUGACAAGCAUCAAAUCAGCUGGCCCUUCGUGGAGUGUGAGAAAUAGACCAGGGAAAAUAUUGCCUAAUGCCAAUAGCAGAUGGAAUACUUCUGCUUAUACAGGUGGAAGACGAAGGCAGACAUCCAAUGUAAUCUUGCCUAGGUGUACACUGCCAAAUGUUUCCAAGCAGCCUGUACCAAGUGAAGCUUCAAGUGAUGGAGAGCCCGAUGCAACUGGGAAUGAUGUACAUUGUGCAGUACUGCUUGGUGAUGGUGUUAUCUACGCAGAACACGAAACUGCGGAAUGCAACAACUCUACCCUAUUAUUAACUGCUCCUGAAAUUGCAAGGUGUUCUAAAGCUGAAGAAACAGAAAUACAUAGCAGUUGUUUAACAAUAGAACAUGAUCAGCACCAGUCAAUGGUACCACUAAAUAAAAGUGACAGCACGUGCACAGCCCUAAAAGACCCAGAUUUGUCUGAGAGAGCUUCCAGUUGCAGCAGCAUCUAUAAAUCUUUCAGUGCAUCAUUUUCCCAACUGCACUCAUCAUUGUCAUCCUUGUCUUCCAAGUCUGAGGAAACAUUUAAAAGCUCCUCCAGCAUUGCUACUACAGUUUAUGACAGAAAAUCUCCACUGGCAGCCAGUAGAUGCGGUAGCUGUGUCCCAAGCCCUGGACUAUACAGUAAGAGUUGCUCUGGUAACACCGACCUUUACCAGGCCUCCUCAUAUUCAGUGAGAAAAUAUUCACAGGCAUCAGACUUUUCUCCUUUUGACAAAAUGUGGCAUGACCAUUUUCUUAAUCACUGGCCAGUCCUUCCGCCAAUCUCCCCACAAAGAGGUUAAUAAAUGUCUAUUUUUUUUCCUCUUCUUUCUGAUUCCAUAUGGGCUUGUUCACAGGCCUUUGCUUGUGUGUGUUUGAAUACUUGCUUGCCUUGACUGCUGUGAGGGAAUUGUUCCACUAAUGCUGGCCAUCCUCAAAUCAAUGGAUGCACGUAACAACAGAAAGUGCCUCAGAUGUAGUGGUUUCCACAGGUCCUUUGUUGGGUCUUUUGUCAGGCAUUUUUGAACCUAAUAAAUAAUGUCAAAAGCUUCUAUCAUGGCCAAAAAUGUUCCUUUUCAAACAUUUCUAAUAGUAUUUUUGUUCUGUCAUGUCUCCCAGUGUUGCGAAGAAUUUGUGCCGCACAAUAGGAAUGUGCUGUAUCGCGUGCCGCUUAGGGCAUUGUGCCGCUUUUUUUGUGGCGAUCUUGACUCAGCAGCUACUUUGUUCUAGAUUUUUUUUUAGUUUCGCUUGAUAAACGUAUUAAUGCCUAACAGUUUCUAAUUGUUUGAUGUACUAUCCUGUCUAAUGGCACACUUUUCGUUUUUUCGUUUUUUGGCUGUGCAUGGUAGUCAUUGAAGAACCUGUUCACAAAUUAAUAUAUUUGAGAUAAAGUCAUGAAUAUUGAGAGGUUGUUUUUGUAUUGUGUCCUAGAAUCUCAUAGAAGCAUGCAGCAAAUUUAAUUUAGCCUUUCACCUGCCAGCAAUGGUUUAUAAUGUAUAUAGCAUAAAAUUGUUGUUUUCACUAUGGUACACAGCAAAUGUUAAUGUAUUGUGGAAACUUGCCAAGUUAUAUUAAGUUAUAUUAAGGCAUGCAAUGUUAUAUGCACAUGCUUGAUAUUGCUGUCAACAUGUUCUUUAUCUAUGCCAGGUUGUAGGUUUAGUGGUCUUUUGCUAUACUCUGAAUAUUUUUUACGAUGACGGACAUUUUUGAGUGAUGGCAAUCUAUGCUGCAUCACAUUAUAAGAAGUUUGUAAAAAAGUAAUCUGUUACAAAAAGUAUUGUGAAUGCUCUGAUGUAUAUUCAAGAAUGUUUAAACAAUUAGACCCACUGGCGAGAUUUGUAGGUUUUGUGACUAUAGCAAAUAACCUUGAUGUAAUUACAUACAGCCAAGACUGUAUUUCUGAUAAUAGCCCUUGUGGGUCAGUGACAUGAACUGAGGGUUGGUAGGUGUGCAGGUUGGAGUUGUCUGGCCAAGAGGAGGUCUUGAGGUCUGAUGUGCUGUAUGUGGUCAUAAUCACUGUUACCUGAGUACCCUUUUUAUGCAUCUCCCUGGAAACUGAUUCAAAAUAAAGUAUACCAGAGACUUACUCAAAAUUCAAGGGCUGCUUGAAUGCUCU